UGAAGGUUGUGAUUGAGCUUCAUUCUUUAACCUUACUUAGCUUAAAAACCCUAUAGACGACAUCACUCAUCUUCAUUAUCCUUUCCCAGCUGUGGCUCCAUCUCUAACCAAUCUCGCAUUGCUUACGCGGCGGACUCGAUUCGCUAUUCCUGGAAUCUCAUCGUUAAGGCACUGUCACGCGAUGGCAUCUGAAUCCAAAAGCUUCGUGAGGAGAGAUCGUCUUCUGGAGAUUGAGGUAGCUGUACGCAAAUGGUGGGAAGAUGAAGGCGUGUUCUUAGCUGAGUCUCGUAAGGAUCCUCCGAAGUCGGGAGAGAAGUUCUUCGCAACGUUCCCUUUCCCUUAUAUGAACGGUUAUCUACAUAUAGGCCACGCCUUCUCACUCUCCAAGGUUGAUUUUGCUUCUGCGUACCAUAGACUGAGAGGUGCUAAUGUGCUCCUUCCGUUCGGUUUCCACUGCACUGGUAUGCCGAUUAAAGCUUCUGCUGAUAAGCUCUCUCGCGAGAUUCAGCAGUUUGGGAAUCCUCCUGUGUUCACUGCUGAGGAUAGCAAUAAACAAGCUCAAGAAGUUGAGGAGGAGGAGAGUGAUACGCCGGCUUUACCGGGUCAGUUCAAGGGGAAGAAGUCGAAGGUUGCUGCGAAAGCCGGUGGACAGGUGUAUCAGUGGGAGAUUAUGCGUAGUUUUGGUCUCACUGAUAGUGAGAUAGCGAAGUUUCAAGAUCCGUAUGAGUGGUUGUACUACUUUCCCCCAUUGGCUGUUGAAGAUCUCAGAGCGUAUGGGUUGGGUUGUGACUGGAGGAGAUCGUUUGUGACGACUGAUGUUAAUCCGUUUUUCGAUGCCUUUGUGAGGUGGCAGAUGAGGAAGUUGAAAUCUAUGGGGAAGAUUGUGAAAGACCGUAGGUACACUAUAUACUCGCCUUUGGAUGGUCAGCCUUGUGCUGACCACGACCGUGCUACUGGUGAAGGUGUUCAGCCUCAGGAGUAUACGCUUAUUAAGAUGGAAGUGGUGCAGCCGUUUCCUUUGAAGCUGGGUCCUUUGGAAGGAAAGAGAGUGUUUUUGGCUGCAGCUACUUUGAGGCCUGAGACCAUGUAUGGACAGACAAACGCAUGGGUGUUGCCUGAUGGGAAAUAUGGAGCUUAUGAAAUUAGUGAGACUGAUGUAUUUAUCCUAACGAAGAGAGCUGCACUCAACCUUGCUUAUCAGAACUUUUCAAAGAUCCCUCAGAAGCCUUCCUGCUUGGUUGAGUUGACCGGGUAUGAUCUGAUUGGACUCGCUUUGAGGUCUCCUCUGGCUGUGAACGAGAUCAUCUAUGCGCUGCCCAUGUUAACCAUUCUGACAAACAAAGGUACUGGCAUUGUUACCAGCGUGCCUAGUGAUGCUCCUGAUGAUUACAUGGCUCUGCAUGACUUGACUGCAAAGCCUGCUCUUCGAGCAAAGUAUGGUGUGAAAGAUGAGUGGGUGCCCUCUGAGAUUGUGCCGAUUAUUAACAUUCCGGAGUUUGGGGAUAAGGCUGCGGAGAAGGUCUGCGUGGAUUUGAAAAUUAAAAGUCAGAACGAUAAGGACAAGCUUGCAGAGGCGAAGAGGUUGACGUAUCUGAAAGGUUUCACCGAAGGAACCAUGCUUAUUGGAGAGUUUGUUGGUAGAAAAGUCCAAGAGAUCAAGCCCAUUAUCAAGGGAAAGCUGAUAGAGUCUGGCGAGGCAAUUCUAUAUAGUGAACCCGAGAAGCCGGUGAUGUCAAGAUCGGGUGAUGAAUGUGUUGUGGCUCUCACGGAUCAGUGGUACUUAACGUACGGAGAAUCAGAAUGGCGUCAGAUGGCUGAGGAAUGCUUAUCAAAGAUGAAUCUUUACUCUGAAGAAACAAGGCAUGGCUUUGAGCACACUUUGAGCUGGCUGAAUCAGUGGGCUUGCUCACGGUCUUUUGGUCUUGGAACGCGUAUUCCCUGGGAUGAACAGUUUCUUGUCGAAUCCUUAUCUGAUUCCACCCUUUAUAUGGCCUAUUAUACAGUUGCCCAUAUCUUUCACGACGGAGACAUGUACAAAGGCAGCAAGUCUUUGAUUAGCCCUCAACAGAUGAAUGAUGAUGUUUGGGAGUAUCUCUUCUGCGAUGGUCAGUACCCAAAAUCGUCUGACAUUCCGGCUGAUGUUUUAAGUAAGAUGAAGCAGGAAUUUGACUACUGGUACCCGCUAGAUCUUCGAGUUUCAGGAAAGGAUCUAAUCCAGAACCAUUUGACAUUUUUCAUCUACAACCACACUGCACUAAUGGCGAGUCGUAAUUGGCCUCGUGGUAUCAGAUGUAAUGGUCACAUUAUGCUGAAUUCUGAGAAAAUGUCAAAGUCAACUGGGAAUUUCAGAACACUGAAGCAGGCUAUUGAAGAAUUCUCUGCCACUGCUACAAGGUUUUCUUUGGCUGAUGCUGGUGAUGGCGUUGACGAUGCAAAUUUUGUAUUCGAAACUGCAAAUGCUGCAAUUUUGCGCCUGACGAAAGAGCUCACGUGGAUGGAAGAGGUUCUGGCUGCUGAAUCUUCUUUGAGAACAGGCCCUCCAUCUACGUAUGCUGAUAAAGUGUUUGAAAAUGACAUGAACAUUGCUAUCAGAUUGACUGAAAAAGCCUACAAAGAUUGUUUGUUCAGGGAGGCACUUAAGAAUGGGUUUUACGACUUGCAAGCUGCUCGAGAUGAGUAUAGGCUCUCUUGUGGCACUGGCGGCAUGAACCAUGACUUGAUAAUGACCUUUAUGGAUGUGCAAACACGCCUCAUUGUACCAAUCUGUCCUCAAUUUGCAGAAUAUGUCUGGAGAAAACUUUUGAAGAAGGAAGGCUGUGUGGUAAAAGCAGGGUGGCCAGCAUCAAAUGAGCCAGAUCUGGUUCUCAAGGGUGCUAACAAAUAUUUGCAAGAUUCUAUCGUUUUAAUGAGAAAGCUUCUACAAAAACAGCUCUUAGGUUCCAAGAAGGCUGCUAAGAAAGGUGCUCAAGUAACAGCAGUGGCAGACUCGAAUCUGAAGGGCCUUGUGUAUGUGAAUGAGCAAUUUGAUGGGUGGAGAGCUCACUGCCUCCAGAUUCUGCAAAGUAAAUUCGACCAACAAACCUGUUGUUUUGCCCCUGACGCAGAGAUACUUGCAGAACUAAGGGAGAUAUUGCACAAGGAUGGACAAGCAGAAAACUUCAAGCAGAUUCAGAAGCUUUGCAUGCCUUUCCUUAAAUUCAAGAAGGACGAAGCAAUAGCUAUUGGCAGUCAGGCUCUGAAUUUGAAGCUACCUUUUGGAGAGAUGGAAGUCCUUAAGAGUAACAUGGACUUGAUGAAGCGGCAAGUUGGUCUUGAAGAGGUUGAAAUCUAUUCAGCAAGUGACCCUAAUGAUGUUGCUAAAGCUGGUCCAUAUGCUUCACUCCUGACGCAGAAUCCUCCAUCUCCAGGCAGUCCAACCGCCAUCUUUGUUAACAGGUAAUUCAAAAGAAAAGCUUUCAACUAUAAGGAAGAGGUUGAAAGGCUUGGGAGUUUUUUUCGUAUUUUUAUACGAGUCAUAUUUAUACAUUUAGCUGUUUUGGCUGUCUGAUGUGUUUCUGGUAUUGUGUAGUAAGACUGUAAAAGACUAUCUGUUCUUUUUUAUGAAUAACACUUUCUUGUUUCGUUGUGCUUAUUCAUCCUGUUGAGCUCCAUCCCGAGCUUGUUUUCUGAAAAAAAAACAACGAAAGCAACUCAUUAUUCUUGUAUCUUAUUAUCUAUUUUAUUAAUUAUAUUAAAUUAGAUAAUUAUCUUUUAUUUGUAUUUUUUAUAUUUUAGUAUUUUUUCUAUUUUAAUUAAGAUUAUGGUUUUCUAUAUUUUAAUAUUUAUUAUAAAUAGACAUUGAAACUUAAAGUUGUAUUUAGAUUUUUGAUAAUAUAAUUUAGGGCUUUUUGCUUAUUCUUUGUUUGAUUCGAUUAAAUUCAUCAAACAAGAAGUAUUGCAAGAAAUUCUUUGAUUGAUUCAAAAACCGGUCUCUAAAAACCAUAAAGUUCCUUGAUUCACCGUUCAACCUAUUGUCUGAUGCAUCAAAUUGAUACCUAAUCUAGCGAAUAAAUUCGAUAUCAACUAAUACGGGCUUACUUAUCAAAAGUUUCAAAUAGUAACUCAAUGAGUUUGUAGGAGGAUUUUAGAUUAAUUUCACAAACUUUUUGAUGCUUUAUCAGUUUCAGCUUGUAUAUCCGUACCAUCCAAUGGUGAUGGUAAAAACCUGACGACAAAAGCAGUGCCAUUUACCAGAAUAUAAUUGGAACCAAUGGGCCACCGCUUUGUGAUAAGGUAAUGAGAUUCGAUGUGUGUGAGCUUGAAAUUCUUUUUCCCAAUCUCUGUUCACGUGACCCGAUCAUAGCUUAUCAUUUUUAUCGAGAAAAUUGGAGCGAAUAAACAUAAGGACUUAACCAAGAAACAGAGUUCAAGGUUUGCACUCACAGGAAAGCUGCGUACAUGUAGUAGCAGAGAUUUUACUCAAGUCAGUUCAGAUAACCAGCUUCUUUUAUAUGAGGAAAGACGCCGCCUCCAGUACGCACCAUCCAUAGAAACCAGAGUUAACAGGCUCCUGAUAUAUUUCCUCACAGAUAGCAAGCUCCUCAUUACCAUAUGGAUAGCUGUAAUAGAAAAUCAAAACCAUGGUUAGUUUAAAAUGUUCUUAUACUUUUGCGUGCAUUUAUCAGUUUAACUCUAGAAUGCUUCUUUCAUUAGACCAAAUUCAGAGUACAGUUUCUUCAUGUCUUCACUUGUAAGCUCAGUGCAUAUGCUUAAUAGAAAAGGAACCGGUUAUCAGUGAGCUUUAUCCUCCAUUCUUCUUCGAGUUGAUCUUUGUUUUGUUGUCAUUCUGCUCAUCUUUUGGGAGAGCUCCUCUAUUUUUCAUCUCUCCUUUGCAAGCCUCAAGAUUUCCACUAAUGUUUCCAGCAAUCUUCAUGUCUAUAAGCUGAGCUUGCAAAGAUUUCUCAAGGCGAUAAGCAGCUAAACCAUCAAAUCCGUUUUGUUGUGCCAGAUCUCUAACUCAAUAUAGUUAUAUACAAUUAUUUACAAAGCAUAAUUAUCAAUGGAUAUGACACCAUGCUUGAGACCAAGAUUCAUCUUUACCUGUAUAAGUGCGUUUGCGAGGAGAGGAGCUGGUAUUCACAUGAGAGUAAGUAAGACCAACAGAGGUUGUGUUGUAACUACUUGUUUGACACAGUGAAAGUCUAAAGACUUCACACUCCUCAUUAGCGCUUUCUUCAUCUCCUGGCUUGAGCUGAUGGGAAGCUUUAUGAUUUCCCCUAUGAGAUUAGUGAGUGUACAUGAGUGAGAGCCUAAAAUAUGGAAAUAUUUAAAGAUAUGGCGAACCUGUUCAUCAGUCAAAAGGUUGCGAAUAGAAUUUUGAAGCCAUUGAUGCGGUGAGAUUUGUUUGGAUGUGGGUGGAAUAAGCAAGCAGAGGAAGCGGUUAGGAAGCUAUAUAUUGUGAGCCUGAGUGAAUUUGAGGAGUUAUAUACAGUGCCGUGCCAAGGCAUAUUGAGGCCUAAGGCAAACUUAAAAAUAAAUGUUUCAAUUAAAAUUUGGAAAUAAAUGUUUCCAUUUCAACUUUAGAAAUUGUAAUACAAAUUUUUAAAUAUAAAAUUACUGAAAACAAAAGAAUUUCUUUGUAAUUUUUUUUAAUACAAAACAGUUUUUUCAAAA